UUUUAGUGUUAUUUAUAUAUCUUCAUCAGUUAUUUAUCUGUCUAAUAUGUCAAAUGAAAGCUUAUUUUAUGCUUCAUUUUGGUUUCCUAGAGUUUGUACAAAAAUGUGUUAAGCCGCAAUUUUACUAGUCAACAUAUUUGCAAUGUGUCACUGUUAAUAUUGUAUACCUCAUUAUCAUUUAUUAGUGAUAAGAAAUAUAUCUUUUAUUUCUUAUCAUUAAUAAAUAACAAAUAAGGGUAUAUAUUUCUAAUGUUGGAUCUUAGAUCAUAUUAUCAUUUCGUUCGUUUUCCCAGCUCUAAAUAUAUUCUAAGAUUAUUAAAAAAACGCCCAUUAUUACGUUGCUCUACGCGCAUUGUAGAUUCUGCAACUGAACGUCAACUCCUAUGCCAAUUUUGAAAAUGGUGGUUUUUGGUUGGCCGUAUUUUAAAUUCCUAUGCUAUGUUAGUUUUUCUUUUAAUUUCAUUAUAAUUAUAAUAUACUUAACAACAUCUGUAACGUUUUUCGCGUAUCGGUGUUACAUUUUUACAAAAUAUGGCAUAAUAGAUUCACAAAUACGUUAUGAAAUAACAUUCAUAGAAAUACAAAAUGACUUCGUGAUUUAUAUCCAUGACAUCAUCGAGCUCUAAAAAUGUUAUUUACCUGAGAAUCGUCCAAGUUUCGGACAAGAAAAAUGGUCGCUAGGUUUGUAUUAGCAUAUGAAUAGAAAAAUCACUUUUCUAUUAAGGAUACGACAUCAUGGAAGUGUGAAAGGGUGGAGCAGGUACGUUUUAACCCUAGGGUAAUCGCGCACCUAAAAUUAACGAGAGUGGUCGCAUGGAUUACAUUAUGUAGUCCAUUUUCAAAGUAAAAUAAAAAUAAUAUUCUAAUGUAAUUUUUUUAUACUUUGUGAUAUCAUAUAAUUAAUAUAGCUUAAUUUACUAUAUAAAAACAACGUUAUGGGUUACGAAAAUUAUUAUUGUAACGAUCCGUAACCGAUUUAACCGUAGUUACGAUUUCUUUUCGAGUCGAUAUGUGUGCUGUAACCUUUAGUCAAUCUCUGGCAGUUAAGUGCCUCCACCUCGUUAUCUAAACUCAAAGUCAAAAGUAGAAUUACUGACUAUGAGUGCAAUCGAUGCACACGCUAUAUAAAGUGUUCGAUUGGCGGUAAAACAUAUUGAAUUAUAUUAAUUAUUAUGCUAUUUAAUAAAAAUAUAUAUAUUUCAUUUAAGCAAAAAUGUAUAUACAACAUUUUAAAAUGAUUGGGUUUACGCUUUUAAUGAUAUUUUCUUUGAUGCCAAAAUAUAGUAAAUCUGCAAAUAUUUUGUAUGUAAUACCUUUUCCAUCUAUGUCACACUAUAUAGCUUUAAGGCCAAUUGGAUUAGAAUUAGCUCAAAGAGGACAUAAUGUGACUGUUAUAACGACGCACUUAGAACAUAUUCCAUUGCCUAACUAUCAUCAGGUACAAGUGGUAAAAAAAAGAUUCUGGGAACUAAUUGGUGGCGAAGCACCAAAUAUUUUUGAUUUGACAUCUUUAUCUGCUGAAGAAUUUCAUAAAAAAAUACAUUGGCCAGGCAGCAUAGGUCUAAUAAAUGUAGUAUUGUCCUCUCCUGAAGUAAAAGAGUUUUUAAAGAAGGACAACACCUUUGAUUUAGUUAUUUGUGAACAAUUUUUUCUAGAAGCUUUGCUUGCAUUGUCAGUAAAAUAUAAUGCACCCUUAGCAAUUAUAUCCACAUUUGGGAACUGCAUGAAGCAUAAUUUAGCGACGGGUAAUCCGCUUCAGUUAGCUACAGUUACAGCAGAAUAUCUAGAUGUACAUAAUCCCAGAAGUUUUUGGGGCAGAUUAAGGAACUUUUACUUCACUGCCUAUGAUUAUUUUUGGUGGAAAUAUUGGUACCUUGGCAAGCAAGAAGAGCUCGUUAAAAAGUAUUUCCCAGAGUUGGGCGAUAAUACUCCAAGCUUAUAUGAAUUGCAAAGGGAUGCUGCGUUAAUGUUGAUCAAUAGUCACUUCAGCUACGAUACUCCUUCUGCGCUGUUACCAAAUAUUGUAGAUAUUGGCGGAGUUCAUCUUACUUCUUAUAAUGCAAGCCUACCAAAUGAUUUGCAAAAGCUAUUAGAUGAUUCAAAAGAAGGUGUAGUUUUUGUAAGCUUUGGAUCAAAUGUUAGAAGUUCUGAAUUACCACCACAGAAAAAGAAUGCAUUUUUAAAUGUAUUCAAGCGCCUGAAACAGACUGUUUUAUGGAAAUGGGAAGAAGAUGAUUUAGAAGGAAAACCAGAUAAUUUGGUUAUACGCAAAUGGUUACCCCAAAAAGAUAUUCUUGCUCAUCCCAACAUCAAAGUAUUUAUUGGACACGGAGGUCUAAUAGGGUUGCAAGAAACAAUAUUUAAUGGAGUCCCUGUAGUCGGUAUACCUAUAUAUGGCGAUCAAUACAACAAUUUGCUUCUAAUUGAAGAAGCUGGUGCCGGCAAACUUUUAGAAUAUCACAAAAUAAAUGAAGACACUUUAUAUGAAACUCUUAACGAUAUCUUAAACGAUGAUUCUUAUAUGAAAAGCGCUAAAAAUUUACAACGAAGAUGGAAAGAUAGGCCAAUGAGUCCAAUAGAUACAGCAAUGUUCUGGUUAGAAUAUGUAAUUCGUAAUAAAGGUGCUGAAUACAUGAAGAAUCCUGCAAGAAAUAUGAAUUGGUUUGCGUAUACCAUGGUGGAUGUAUAUGCAUUUAUUUUUGUUAUAAUCAUAACAGUAAUAGGAUGUUUUGUUAAAAUAUUAAUGACAGUCGCAAAAUAUUUAUCUAAACCUCAGAAAAAGGUAUCUAGAAAGAAAAAACGGGCAUAAUUUUUGUCAGCAAGCUGAUUAAUAUUGACGAUCAUGGUUUAAACAAAUGUACAAAAGAAAUAAAAGCAUGCAGAAACCUAUACUAUUUGUUUCUCAUUCUUGGUCACUCCUGCUUGUUGGAAAGUCACCUAAAUUUACAAUGUUGUUGGCAACUCCUUAAAUUUUAAUUCCCACCUAGAUACUAUGACAUUUUACCUUUUUCGGUAUAUACCGAUACCUACUUACAUCUGUAGAAUAAUUUAUCGGAAUUUUAAAAUUAAUAGUCUCUGAGCUAAGCCGUGGAUGGACAGAUGGACA